AUGGAGGAAUACUUGGAUGAUCUUAGAAUGGAAGAUCAAACCCUAAAUUUUCCCGAAGAUUUCAUAAUCGAGCCAAUAGUGAUGAACAAGAAGAAAGCCGGAAAGCAGAAGAUUGAAAUGAAGCGUAUAAUCAACAAAACAAGCAGACAAGUUACGUUUACGAAACGGCGAGGCGGGUUGUUUAAGAAGGCGAGUGAAUUAAGCUCCUUAUGCGGUUCCGAGGUUGCCAUUAUCACUUUCUCCGAGGCCGGGAAGCUCUUCUCGUUUGGUCACCCGAACGCGGACGCGGUUGUUAGUCGGUAUAUUAAUUAUACAAGGGGCGUCGAGAAUAAUAAUAUAAUAAAUGGUGGUAAUGGGAAUGAGUUUGGUACGAGUGUACUUUCUGAGCAGUACAAGAGAGUUUUGAGUAAUAUUGAGGUUGAGAAAAAAAGGAGUGAUCAUGUUAUUGGUUCGUCAUCAUUGUCGUCCAAUGGGAGUAGUCCACGUGGUGAUAAUAGCGAGUUCGGGUUUUGGUGGGAUAAACCGAUUGAUAAUUUAGGGUUGUUGGAGCUUGAACAAUUGAAGGGUUCACUUGAGGGUUUACGUGAUCAAGUUUCUUCUAGGGUUAAUUCGAUUAAUAAUAACAAUAAUUAUUAUUGUUCUUCUAAUUCAACUAAUCGUUGA